GAAAUGAGCAGAGUUAUCUGAAGAUAGACGUGUUGUGUAUAAUAUAUUGUAUAUCAUUAACAGUGAAGGGGAUCUAUUCCACAGUUCUUAAACUUACAGAAAUAAAUCAUAUAAGAAUUUUUAAAAUUAGAAGAAAAUACCCAGUGAUAACAAGAAUAAUAUAAAAGGUUUUCGACAGAAAAAUUUAAUUUCUUUGAAAGUUACGUACAAAGAAAACAAAGAGUAAUUCCCAAAUGUAACGUGUACAUCGGAUUCAUGUUAAAGCAGAUGUUCCAUACGCACACACGUGAUCAAUGAAAUAAAGUAUCGAUUUCAACUAUCAUAUAAUUCAUUCGAAUAUCAUUUGCGAUAUAUAGCAAAACACUGCGAUAUAUAGCAAAACACAGAGAAAAAUAAAGAAAAUAAUCGUGUCUGGCAUGAGUCAGUUUAAUGUACGUCUCGAUACGUCAGUAUCAGUUCCUCAGAAAUAAAAAUAAAUUCCCUAAUUAAAUUGUAAAUGUAAAACAAAUCAAAACAAAUCAACAAACUUUUUUUUUCUUUUUUGGACAAGUUAAAUACACAGCUGUUUGCGUAAUAUUUCACUGUGCGCAAUAAAUUUCACGGACGUCUUAUUUCGCAACCCUUGAGGAAAUACCACCAAUGAACGUCUACGAUUCAGAUAACAGAAAGCGUGCCUCAAAUUUUAAUGUGCAAUUCAUUAAUAAAAUUGUAAAAUGUUUAGAAGCGCCUAGGCUUAUAUUUGACGAUUUACCUUUCAUCUUAUAUAAAUAGAAGUAGGUAAACCGAAAUAAGGCAGUGACUAAGAAGAACAUGUUGGCCAAUGAUCUACUCUAGUGUAUAGCUGUCGAACUGUGAGAGGCCGCAGAAAUCACCUGUCUUUGAACCUCUGUCCACGAUAAAGGUGUCAGUAUUUAACGGACAAAGAGCAUAAAAACUUAGGUGCAGUUGUCGCUACUUCGACCUUUUUUUCCCCGGCGUAUCAAAGUGCAGGGAAAUGACUUUUUCUUCUUCUUAAAAGAGCGAUGUGAGGACCUCUGUUGAAACAGUUCAUGAUUUGUUUUAUCCGACAUGGAUUUUUACAAGUAUUCCAGUAUUGUGUUCUUGUGCUUUAUUUGGAUUGGGAACAUCGCCUCUGGAUUUCACAUUGCACGGAACACUAAGCGAGCAGAACGCCGCCAAAUUUCCCCAAGUUCUUCACAGCUAAGACUGAUUCCUAAUCAGUCAUCAUCACGUAGGACAUAUAACAAUUCCAAGCGGAUUCUUCCACCCGCCUCCAGGCAGUGGAAUGCUAGGAGAGGGCAUCCUAAGGGACCAUCCGCAAGCCUAAGGUCGAGGUACGGCAAGGCGUUACUGUCUCGAUUACCUCCCCUGAGAAGGACCCCAAAAAAACCUGUGAUCAGGAGAAAAUUAGAAAAAUCGAAUGACCGAAGUGAUUCUUUGAUAAAGAACACAAACGCUAAGAUCGCUGAUCAAAGUGCAAAGAAGAAGACCCCUACCAAAGAUAGAAACUACACAUUCCAUGUGUUUUUAUCAGACGCUUUAUGUCGAAUCUGUGACAAUUUGCAAGGAGAGUGGCGAGCAUAUUGCAGAGAACUGAGGUGCAUGCGAGGAUCUACAGACAGCAGUUGAAGAAAAUAUUUAAUUCAUUCGAUGAUGUAUCAAGAGUUGGAGAUAUUCAAUGGCAUCUCGAGCAAUACACACACACACAAAACCCACAUCGCUAAAACGAGGGACAAAAUCGUUUUAAACAGUGGUAUCACAUGAUAUGUGGCCUGUAGUGUGAUACACCACAGCAAUAAGGGGGCUCCUGACAGCGAGGUGACUUACUCCACUUGGUUUCUGUCCAUUUACAGCAGGACGGGGAAAGGAUCCUUCACAAUAUUUUGAAUGAUAUAAGUUUUACUUAUUUUCGACUAUGUGCUAUAUAGUGCUACAAGUUUAUUGACACAUCAGUAGCCAACUGCCAAGAAGCUACUCUCUUCAAGAAAACACUAGAAAUGUGCUUCCUGUCUUGAAGAACGCAAGAUUACAAUUCCACCUGUAUGUGUUGAAUUAAUUUUGUUAUUUGUGGUGGAUUGUGUCAACCAAACUGACAUAAAAUGGCCUAUUUUGACAGACAGUCUUGUUGAAUUGGGCUUAUGUGUAUUUUUAAAUUCAACAGAAUAUAAAUUAUUUAUGUUUGUUUUAAAUUGGUUUAACAAAAUGUACGCAUUAUAUCUUACUUCAAACAAAGCAUGAAACAGUAAUUACUAUGCUGCAUCAAAAUUUGUAAUCCAUUAAACUGUGUCUUGUAAAUUAUAAA